AAAGCGAAGUGUCCCAAGCGAAGUCUGGUUUGACGGGUUCUUGAACCGGGCUACGGGUGGCCUCUCAAGAAGGAAGAUAGCGGGAUUCUCAGACCUGCCUACACAACAACAACAGCAAACGAGCUUCUCUUUGAUACCCAAGAUGAUGAAGCUUGGAUCUUCCUCGUGGCUACUAGUACUCUCCUUCCUUGACAUUGUCCAUGCUGCAGGCAAUGAAGAGGAUGUCUUGGUUGAAACAGCAGGAAUCACAACUGGGGAUACUGUGGAAAGAGUUGCCUAUCAGUGUACCUUCCGGAAUCUUUGGACAGAAGCAAGGCAGCCAGUAAACUUUCCCUCCGAGCUAGGACGAUGGGCUGGACCUAUCCUAUGGACCCAUACCUUGCAGUUCCAGCCAUGGGUACACAGCAGGGGUGUCACCCGGGGAGUGGAAAAGUUGGCAGAGGAUGGCUUCACUGAUGUACUGGUUCAAGAAAUGAUGCAGCAAGGUGCCCAAGUCAAGGACUAUCAGGAAUAUGAGCAAGCUCAGUUCUUUGUCAGCCAAACCAACUUUGUUCAUAUUCCACCCAUAGAGGCAGAUUUUACGUACCCCUACCUUUCCAUGAUGGCCGGCAUGCAGCCCAGUCCAGAUUGGUACACUGGAUUUUACAGCUAUUGGCUCAUUGAUGAGUACUCUCGCACUUGGUAUGAUCACAUCAAAAUUCAAGUCAAGCCAUGGGAUGCAGGUACAGAUGCUGGUCAAACCUACACUGCUUUGGAGAGUGACCUGGAUCCGCCCUUGAAUGCGGAACGCUUCAUACCUAGAAAUGCUCCUCCAGGUGGGGAAUUGCUGGAUCCCACAGGAGAAACCGUUCCCAAUGUGGGAGAACUGGAGUGCUUUUUAGUUGUGGGCGAGCAAGAUUUGAUCUUGCCAGACUGUGAUUGGUUUGCCAAUCCCUGCUGCAACGAAACUGACACAGUAUCCUGUGGAGCUACCUUGCCAAAUGGGGCCCCUCCACAGAUUUCACCGGAGUAUGCACAAGUCUUGGAUGGUGGGACUACCGUGGACGAUUCACUGACGACAGCCCAAAAAUUGAGUCGUUUGGAAGAAAUUGCAGGAGAAAUGCGUCAAUUGGCAGAUGAGGUGGAUGCAUUGGUGCAAGGGCUUCGUGAGGAUGAUGGAGAAGGAACAACAGGAUCAUCCAUUACAAGGAGAAGAGGAAGAAGCAUGACGAAGAUCUUUGAGGUUGGAAAGUGGACAUGUAUGUUUCGAUGAUUUAAUUUCAUGGUAGUCUACCUGGUACAUGUGGUGCAGACAUAGUCGGCAGAGAAUUCUCAUUGCACAGGACAAGUGCUCAGUGUAUUUCAAUGAAUGGGUUAAAGAGCUCCUUAAACUAAAAUCAAUGGCUGCAGUUGGUUGCACCUACCGGUACGGUUCCUUUCUCUCAAAGCAAAAUGCACCUCGGAGGCACACCCUCUCUACUGG